ACAUAUAUUCAUUUUCAAACAAACUUAGAUUUAUGAAUGUGCGGUAGGCAUACCAUUCUCGGUAAAACUUGACAAUUAAAAUAGUGUAAGCAAUUGUUUUAUUGAAGCUGAAUAGGUUGUAGUAUUGUCUACAUCCUAACGACGACAUGUUUUAGAUCCUCAUACCGGUCUGAUAACACUGUCAUUCCAUUUUUUGUGAUGCUUCGGUUGUGAAAUUUUAAAACUUUGACGAGGUAUUGAAAUUUUCUCUCUUGUCUUCGAAAUGAAAUUAAAACUUUUUGGACAAAUCAAACUUUUGCUUUGGAAAAACUUCUCCAUUCGUCGUCGUCAAUGGUUAAGAAAUGCUAUUGAAAUCUUAUGGCCAUUAAUGCUGUUUUUGAUCUUGGUGUUGGUAAGACAACGACGUCCACCAUCGUUUAGAUCAAGUGUUGUGUUCCGUCCUGAAGCUUUGCCAUCGGCAGGUCUUGUUCCAUUUUUACAAAGUUUCUUCUGUGGUAUAACAGAUCGUGGUACAAUUUAUAAUGGAAAUAAUAGUAUUGAUCUGCCUAGCAAUAAAAGAAUAGUUGAAUUGUUGAAGGAACUUCAGGUUUUUUUUGAUAAUCAAGGUGUAACUCAAGAUCCAACUUUUGCAUCUUUGGUAAAUAGUACUGAUGAUGUCAGAAAUUUCCUCAUCAGAAAUCUCUCCUUUUCUUCAAACUUAGCAGAUGCUUUUCUUGAUGCAAGAGUGAAUUUGUCAAGGUUUAGUGGAAAUGAAAUCCCGUCUUUUGGAAGAUUUUUUCCUUAUGAUUUUUCUGGUUUUUCUGCUGGUCAGAAUCAGACUGUCUUGUAUGAAAGUUUACAAAAAGCCUGUCACAAUGGUUCUUGGUCUGGUUAUCUGAUAUUUUCUUCCCCUGACUAUGAGAUGGCUUUCAAAGAUGCCGUUUGUAACUUAAGCCAAUUGCAAGUCAAUGAAAUACCGUUUGAGAUCAGAAAUCAACUCACUUUUCCAAGUUCUCUUCAGAAACUGUAUGACGCAGUUCGUUUGGAUGGUGGACUUUUUGAUGUAAUUUGUGACAGAAAAGAUAAAUCACCAGUUGAAGUAGAUAAUGAUGAACCUUCUGCAUUGCAAAGUCAAGAGCGUUCUCAAGAAUCUCAAAAUAAAAUCAACAAGAAUUCUUGCGCUUGGCUGAGAGAAGAAGCAAUGUUUGAAUUCCAAAAUCAUUCGGGUUCAGACAACAGUCGAUGUUCAGAUGUAAAACCUGAGUUGAGAUCAGAUUGUGGUUGGGGAGGAAUCAACAAGCAAGAAUGUGAAAGUCGUGGUUGUUGUCAUGACGACACAGUCGAGGAUACUUUUUAUUGUUAUUGCCCAAAAAAUGAUACAUGCUGUAUGUUCAACGCCUGUCUACUUGAUAAUGUUGGUUCUAGUUUUAUAAGUGGUGGUGCAAGGAGUUUCUUUUUAAGAAUGCUACGGCUGUUUUCAAAUGGAAAAAUACUCUAUACUCCUGACAAUGUUCACACAAGAAGUAUAAUAAAAAAGGCAAAUUUUACUUUCAAUCAGUUGGGUAAUGUUUGGAAAACAGUAUGCGAAGCUGCCAAACAGUGGAACUCGCAAUCAUCACCACUUGAUUCACUAAAUUUGCCCGGUUUGGAUAUGUUGCGAUUUUUUGCCUCCAUGUAUGGAAUAACGUUGGAAGACCCCAGCUCCAGUGUUGUAUCAAAUAAUCUCCAGUUGAUUAGUCGACUUAUUGCUAAACAUGGCCAUUGUUUAAAUUUCAAUUAUUUUCAACCAGUAAAAAGUGAACGUGAAGCUGAAAUGAUAUGGUUGACUAAACAAAGAUACGAACCUCUUGCCACUGUUGUAUUCAACAAUGUAAAAGAUGAUGAUGAAAAACUAUCGACAAAUAUCGAGUAUAAAAUACGUCAAGAUCCUAGUCAUGUGAUGAAUCCUCGCUGGAAACGUAGCAGAUAUUGGCGUCCAGGUCCGGAGAAUUCAUUAUGGAAGUUACGUUAUAAAGUAUUUGGUUUUGUUUAUCUUCAAGACAUGAUAGAUCGUGCUAUCACGGAGAUUCAUGCUAAUAAAACCAUUCAUGAAACUGGAAUGUUUCUUCAAAUGUUUCCAUAUCCUUGUUAUAUUUAUGACAGGUUUUCCCUGACCAUAUCCAACUCUAUGCCUUUGUUCAUGACUUUGGCGUGGAUAUAUACUGUUGGAAUGAUUGUAAAAACAGUUGUUCAUGAGAAAGAAACUCGUUUAAAGGAAGUGAUGAAGGUGAUGGGUUUAACCAACGCCGUUCAUUGGCUAGCGUGGUUAAUAACUAGUUUCGUGAUGAUGAUGAUAACAGCAAUUAUGCUUGUCUUCGUUUUAAAGUUUGGUGAAAUUCUCAUCUACAGCGAUCCUGUUGUUAUAUUUGUAUUCUUCCUUGCGUUUACACUAUCAACUGUCAUGUUAUGCUUCUUGAUAAGCGUUUUUUUUUCUCGUGCUAACGUUGCUGCAGCUUGCGGUGGUCUUAUUUACAUCACAACUUAUUUACCUUAUGUUAUUCUCACGAUAUUUGAAAGGGAAGUGAAAACUCCACAUCUUGUUAUCUCUAGUCUGUUAUCCCCUACAGCGUUUGGCAUUGCUUGUCGAUAUUUCGCUCGGUUUGAAGAACAAGGAAUCGGUUUAAGAUGGAAUAAUUUAUUCUCCAGUCCAGUUAGUGGUGAUGAGUUCAGUGUUGGUGCGGCCAUGUUGAUGUUGAUACUUGAUGCGUUCAUAUAUGGGUUAAUCACGUGGUACAUAGAGGCAGUUUUCCCAGGUGAUUACGGUGUUCCUAAACCUUGGUAUUUUCCUUUCAUGAAAUCUUAUUGGUUUCCAGCAAAAUAUCGUAUAAGAAGCAUUGGAACACGUGGAAAUAACGAUACACAAGUUUACAUAGCUCUUUCUCAACAGAACGUUGAACUUAACAGAGCAGAUUCACCUGUCACUCCAACUGAAAGAAAUGUGGCUAUUGAACGUGAACCAAAACAUUUACCCUUAGGAAUUUCUAUGCGCAACUUAAAGAAGGUUUAUAGCAACGGUAAGGUUGCUGUUAAUGAUCUGAGCUUAAAUUUGUACUCUGGACAAAUAACGUCAUUCCUUGGUCACAAUGGUGCCGGCAAAACGACGACAAUGUCACUGCUGACCGGUAUUUAUCCCCCUACCGAGGGCACAGCUUUUAUCGAAGGAAAAGACAUCCGAAAUGAUAUGGACGAAAUAAGAAAUAGUCUUGGAAUUUGUCCUCAGUAUAACGUGCUGUUUGAUGAUCUUACGGUUGAAGAACAUCUUUGGUUUUAUGCAAAGUUAAAAGGAAUGGACGAAAGUCAUAUUCAUGAGGAAAGUGAAAAAUUCCUUGCAAACUCGCAGCUUGUAGAGAAACGAAAAGAGCGAUCUAAAUUUUUAUCGGGUGGAAUGAAGAGAAAGUUGUCUGUAUCGAUGGCGUUUGUUGCUGGUUCAAAGAUUGUUAUUCUUGAUGAACCAACCGCUGGUGUUGAUCCUUAUGCUCGUCGUGCAAUUUGGGAUCUUCUCUUGCAAUACAAAGAAGGGAGAACAAUCUUGUUAUCGACGCAUCAUAUGGAUGAAGCAGACGUGCUAGGAGAUCGUAUAGCGAUCAUUGCUCAAGGAAAAUUGUGUUGUUGUGGCACUUCAUUGUUCCUCAAAAGUCAAUAUGGUAGUGGUUAUUAUCUUACAUUGGUAAAGAAAGAUCUCGUCACUAAUGUAGAAACUCGAGCUCUUGAAAGAACAAGACACAACAGUGAUGAUAAUGAUAGUGAAGCAUCUGGCAGAAGUAUCGAUGAAGGUGUUAGUCUGGGUGAUUCAUCUUCAGAAAUUGGUGAAGGAAUAACAGAAAAAGAAAAACCAUCACAAGAAUUAUCGUUGACCGCUUUCAUCAGAUCAUUUGUUUCUAAAGCAGAAUUGGUUGAAAGUGUUGGUACUGAAAUGACAUAUGUUCUUCCUACUGACGAUUGCCAUGGUAGUAAAUUUGAAAACCUUUUUGAUGCAUUGAAUGAAAACUUGGAGAAAUUUAACAUCAGUAGUUUUGGUGUUUCUGAUACAACAUUGGAGGAAGUUUUCUUAAAAGUUGCAAGCACUGCAAGCGUAGAAGAAGAAGAGGAAAUGCAAUCAUCUUAUCCUUCAAGACGCUCCAGCGCGCGAAAUGAAAGAUGCAAAAUUAAGGGAUUUAAAAGGAUAUUUCAAAAGAAACAGAGAGAAGUAUCAGCGAGAUCCGAUCCAGAAAUGAAUACUGCACAAGGUGAGGAUCAAAUGGAAGAAGAUGUGAACGAUGAGAUUGAAAAUGUAUUUCAACCUCCAAGAAUAAAGGAAAGAGCAACUGGAUUGAUCUUGAUGAAGCGACAGUUUUUUGGAUUGUUAAAGAAACGUUUUCAACACUCAAAACGUAACAGAAAAGGUUUUAUUUCUCAAAUCAUUCUUCCUGCCUUGUUUGUUUGUCUUGCCAUGGUAUCAGCUAUGCUGAGUCCUCCUGUCGGUGAUAUUCCUCCAUUGAAAUUAACCACAACUGAUGCUAUACCUCAACCAAAUAAUAUGUUCUUUGCUGAUGCUAUGAAAUCUCCCAGUGGUAAACACCUUGCUGAAAUAUUUGUUAAUCCUCCUGGAGUUGGAAGUUACUGUGUACCACUUAACUGCUCUCAAGAGCGACUUCAAUUUAAUAAUGGCUACGAUACUGUUCCUCGUUCAUCACGAUAUUUGCAAUCUUGUUCAUGUAAAACUGGCUCUGCCAUUUGUAAAGGACAAUGUUGUAAUUAUCAACCACCUAAGGCAUCUUCUGACACUGGUGAUACGGUUUAUAAUCUCACACAUUGGGAGUUUAAUGAUUAUCUUUUGAGAACUACCGAACAGUUUAGAAAACGAAGAUAUGGAGGUGUCACGUUUGGUCAUAAAGUAAACGUACCUCGAGAAGUAGGAGAUACUAGAAACCUCAACUAUUCACGAUAUUUUACUAAAGAAGGAAUUAAGGCUUGGUACUUAAACAAAGCAGGUCAUGCAUCACCAACCUUCCUCAGUGUCGCUACAAACACUUUCUUACGUCAUCACAUUGCGUCACAAGGCAAAAAUCCUCAACAAUACGGCAUUACUACGUACAACCAUCCAAUGAAUAUGACUGAAGGAGAACUCUCUGAAGCUACAUUACGAAAUCUGGCGCGCACUGAUCUUGUUAUGGCAAUAUUUGUGAUUUUUGCCCUCGCAUUUGUUCCCGCAAGUUUUGUCGUUUUUCUCAUCAAUGAACGUGUCUCAAAAGCUAAACAUUUACACAUGGUGUGUGGUGUUCAUCCACUUGUUUACUGGAGUGCCAACUUUUUUUGGGAUAUGUGUAAUUACUGCGUUCCCGCCCUUUGCUGUAUUCUUAUAUUCCUUGCCUUCCAAGAUAAAUCGUACACAUCCGCUGAAAACAUUGGCCCCACUCUUUUGUUGCUGCUAUUCUAUGGAUGGUCGAUAACGCCUCUUAUGUACCCUGCUUCAUUUGUUUUCCAAGUAUCAAGUACUGCUUACAUUACCUUAAUCUGUAUCAAUCUCUUCGUUGGAAUGAAUACCACGAUUGCGACAUUUGUUUUGGAAUUUUUUGAUGAUGAUCCAGAACUCAUUAUGAUCAAUAAUUAUCUGAAAAAAGUGUUUUUGAUUUUUCCCAACUAUUGCUUGGGUCGCGGACUUAUUGAUCUUGCUAGAAAUCAAAUAUUUGCUGACGUUUUUCAAAGAUUUGGAAGAAGUUUAUUUAAAGAUCCGAUGAGUUGGGAAAUAACUGGGAGAAAUAUAUUUUCGAUGUUUGUCUCUGGUUUUGUCUAUUUUGCAUUUACGUUGUUGAUUCAAUACAGAUUUUUCAUCAAAAAAAGAAAAAAGAAUAGUAAUGAGUUUUGUAUGGAAAGUGGAGAUGAUGAUGUGGAUAUGGAAAGACAACGUGUUCUAAAUGGCGAGGCAAAUUCUGAUUGUUUACGUCUUGUUAAUUUGACCAAGGUUUAUCGUUCAAAAUUCGGUCGCAACAAGAAUAUGGCAGUGAAGCAACUCUCUCUUGGUGUUCCUAAUGGACAAUGUUUUGGUUUACUUGGUGUUAACGGCGCUGGUAAAACAACAACAUUUAAAAUGUUGACUGGUGAUAUUGGAGUAACUAAAGGCGACGCUUUCAUUAAUCAACACAGUGUCGUUAAUGAUAUUCUUGCGGCAAGACAAAGCAUGGGAUAUUGUCCACAAUUUGAUGCUCUGAAUGACCUUCUGACAGCCCGCGAACACCUGAAACUUUAUGCCAGAAUACGAGGCAUUCGGGAAGAAGACGUUAAUCAAGUGACAGAUUGGUGUCUGCGCACGCUCAAUUUACUUCAGUACGCUGAUCGAUGUGCAGGAAAGUACAGCGGUGGUAAUAAACGCAAGUUAUCAACAGCUAUUGCUUUAGUUGGCGAAUGUCCUAUUAUAUUUCUUGAUGAACCAACCACAGGAAUGGAUCCAAAAGCUCGAAGGUUUUUAUGGAAAAUUAUAUCAGAUAUUGUAAAAGACGGACGUACUGUUAUUUUGACGUCACACAGCAUGGAGGAAUGUGAAGCUUUAUGUGGUCGUAUUGCUAUCAUGGUAAAUGGAGAAUUUAAAUGUAUGGGAACUCCUCAACAUCUUAAAAAUAAAUAUGGAGAUGGUUACACCGUAAUUCUCAGAAUUUCUGGAAUAAUGCCCGAUUUAGAACCAGUAAAGGAUUUCAUGAAUGCAACUUUUGUUGAUUGUGUACUGAAGGAUCAACAUCACAAUAUGUUGGAAUACCAGUUACGCAAUGAAACAGCAUUGUUGUCUUUUGUAUUUGGUGAACUUGAAAGAAAUCGCUCUCGUCUUAAGAUAGAAGAAUAUUCAGUCAGUCAAACUACAUUAGAUCAGGUGUUCAUUAACUUCGCAAAACAACAAACGGAUGGUAUUGAACCAAUUCCAACAACUUCUACGGAAUCGUUGACUGCGACAGUUGAUCCACUACCAGUUCAAGUUUAGAUAUUGUUUAAACUGAUAUGUAGCAUGUUUUGCAAUUGACGACGAUUUUUAUUUGAUCUGUUGUUAGGAUUCAUUUUUUUUUAAUAUUUACCUUCACUUUGUUUAGUAUUUUUUAUCAUUUAGUAUUUCCGAAAGAAUUUUUACAAUAACAGUAAUAUAUAUAUAUAUAUAUAUAUAUAAAUAAGAUUCAUUGCAUAUUGUCAUUUCCAUAAUUUCGUAAUAGUACAUAAGGGUUUAGACAUUUUAAAUGAACAACAAUUUUUGUAAUGAAGCAAACAUUGAAUGUUUCUGCGUACUUA